AUGAUGAAGAUUAUGUUUUGGAAUACCCAAGGGGUCAUCAAGCCCUCCUUUAGAAGACAUUUCAGAGAUUGUGUCAAUAACUAUAAGCCUAAGAUCAUUACUCUGAUGGAAACCCAUAUUAAUGGGAGAAGAGCAGAUAGAAUCAUCAAUAGUAUGGGUUACAACAAUUCUUUCAGAGUUGAAGCGCAAGGGCACAAUGGUGGCAUUUGGGUUUUAUGGGAUAACUCGGUGGAGGUUAAGAUUUUAAAUGUUUCUAACCAAUAUAUCCAUGCUCAUUUCAGAUGCAGAAAUAGUAAUUAUUGGGAAUACUUGACAACUGUGUAUGCUAGCCCUAACCAAAGUAUUAGAAAAGAGCUUUGGGAAUUACUAUUGAAGGUUAAACCGGAUAAUAAUGCUCCUUGGAUCCUAGGAGGGGACUUUAACUGUAUUCUGAAACCUGAAGAACGACUUGGUGGUAACAACCGUUAUAGAGUUGGGAUCAAGCUCUUUCAAUAUUUUAUUUUCAACAAUGAACUGAUAGAUGUUAAUUACCAAGGAGAUGAAUUUACUUGGCGUAGAGGAAACCUUUGGCAAAGACUUGAUCGUUGUUUGAUGAAUAUGAAAUGGCUCGAAGUUUUCCCAUAUACGAGGGUGUAUCAUCUUGACCGUAUUGGUUCUGAUCACUGUCUUAUUAUGCUACAAACUGAUCAACAUCACAAAGACAGUAGAAUUAAACCUUUUAGAUUUCUGGCAGCCUGGAUGGAGCACCCGGAUUUUGUUAAUUUUUUGAAAAAAGAAUGGGCUAAGCAUAAUGAUUUUUUGGAUAACCUCAACUAUAUCAGACAAAGCAUAGGUAUUUGGAACAGAGAAACGUUUGGAAGCAUUAAUCAAAAGAAGAGGAUAAUUAUUUCUAGAUUAAAGGGAAUUGAUAAGGCUCUUCGUAAGUAUAACUCUAACAGACUGUCUAAUAUUGAAUCUGAACUGAAGACUGAACUGGACGCUAUUUUAAGACACGAGGAACUUCUCUGGGCUCAGAGGGCGAGAUGCAAGUGGAUUACUCAUGGGGAUAAAAUUACCAAAUACUUCCACUCUUGUGCAAUAGCUAAAGGAAGAAGAAAGCAUAUUAUGGCCCUAAAAAUUGAUUCGGAUAUAUAG